GACAGACAUGCGCGAGGGGGGGGGAGGGGAGGAAAAAACAAAACACCACAUGCGAAGUCGUCGAGGUUGGCCGUUCCACCAAACUGUCCAUGAAGCAAGCCCUAGAGAGGCCAAAGACCCUUUCUCUCUCUCUCUCUCUCUCUCUGUCUCUGUCUCUCACACUUCACCAAUUAAGCCGACCACCUAUCAACAACCCCGGGGGUGUGCCCCUGCCGCCAGUCGUGACAAUUCUUGUGUCUCCGGCGAGGGGAAAGAAGUUUCUUCUCCCUCGGGAGAUCCUACCGAGAACAGAAGUGACGUCCGCGUCGCGGGAUCGCCAAUACGUUGGUCUCUCGGGGUUUGUCAAGCUUCAACAUGCAGCCGGGUGGUGGCAGGGCGUGGAGCGACAGCGGGAAACAAACAUUGCUUUUCUUCUUCUACCCUCGAGACCUUCUUUUUUUUUUUGCCAACCUUUUCCCAAAUGCGAGCACCACGGUGAUAUAUGUAAGGACCACGUACUACACCACUCGGGCUUUUCUUGCUUUUUCCUCUUGUUUAACUUCUUUCUUUCGUCUCGCCUGUCUGACAAGGGUAACCGUCACACGUUCUAAAACAAGGUUGGAGGUCCAGAUCGACCGCCGACAUUAGCAUGACUGACGACGUUCGAAUCGGGUAUUGUACCACCCUGUCCACUCCCCCCCCGGAGACCCAUGUAUGGCAUGUAUGCAUAUGCUCCUACAUCCAAGCGGCCGGGGAGGGUUUGAACGAACGAACAGCCCAAAAGGGAGGGAGGGUGAGAGAGAGAGAGAGAGAGGGGAUGAACUGAAAGCAACCGUGAUGCAGGGCGUAGGGGAACGCCGUCAAGGGGGGCCAGCAGGUCAGUCUACUACUAGCAGCAUCCGCAAGCCACGAGGUCGCUUGUCGAGAGCUCGGAGCACCGUAUGCGCAGCACAGUCGCGCGGAAGAGGUAGGGGGCGCCGGAGGGGGGGGGGACACGU